AUGGACCUCCUCCAAGAAUUCGCCGCCGCAAGCGGGCACGCCAAAUCCCACAAUCCCGGCGACAGCUCCCUCUUCGACUCGGCGCUAGGCUUCCUCCAGGAAAACCAGCACAAGUUCUCGGGUUCCGACUCCGACAUCAACGAGGAGCACGCCAUGCGCGCCCACCAGCAGAUGUACAACGAGAGCGCUGAGGGCCGCACCCACAACUCCAGCGACGUUGGUGCCGGCGCCGCCAUGCAGGCGCUGAAGAUGUUUAGCUCUGGUGAGGGGGGCGGGGACAAGAAUCAGUUUGUUGGUAUGGCGAUGGCCCAGGCGAGCAAGUUGUGGGAUCAGAAGGCUGACGCCGGGGGGAACAUGAACGGCGACAAGCAGUCUGCUAUCAACACCGCCGCCGAGAUGGCUCUGAAGAUGUACAUGAAGGGUGGCGGUGGUCUGGGUGGUACUGGUGGCCCCGGAGGUCUGAUGAGUCUGGCGAGCAAGUUCAUGUAG